CUGCUGUUGCCAUGACGGCUCCCAGCUCCUGGCGUUGUUUGGGUCCUAAGGUUUACCCAGAAGUGCCUGAUGGCGGUUGGGGCUGGGCUGUGGCAGUGGCCUUCUUCUUGGUGGAGGUCUGCACCUAUGGGUCCCUCAAGAGCCUGGGUGUCUUCCUCCAGGACCUGAUGGAGGAGUUUGGGGAGAGCAACAGCCGAGUGUCAUGGGUCAUCUCCAUUUGCGUCUUCAUCUUUACCUUCACUGCCCCCCUGUCCACGCUGCUGAGCAACCGCUUCGGCUAUCGUCCAGUGGUGAUGAUCGGAGGCUUCCUCAUCAGCCUGGGAACCAUCACCUCCGCCUUCACCAAUUCCAUCAACGAGAUGUACAUCACUAUUGGCAUUGUCUCAGGCCUCGGAUACUGCCUCACCUUCCUCCCAACCGUCACCAUCCUAGCCCAGUACUUCUCCAGACGGCGAGCCCUCGUCACCUCCGCUGCUUCCUCAGGAGAAUCCCUCGCCAUAUUUGCAUUUGCUCCAGCCUUCACUACACUGAAACAACACAUUGGCUGGCGCUACUGUUUGAUUGUCCUCGGCAUCGUGCAGGCUUCUGUGAUUGGCUGUGGACUUCUCCUUCGUCCAAUCAUAAUUGAGCCGAAACCUGUAAAGGAGGACAGUGAAUCAGACAAAGACUUGAUCUCUCUGAAGCAGCUGCAGGUUUACGAGCUGGAGAACGAACAAACUAGGACCUCCAUCAGUUCCGGAGUUUCGGAGGACUCAGGCAUCACCUCUCUCUCUGCCUCAAACACAGACCUGAGGACAGCAGGAGCAGAAAAAAAGGCCUUGGAGGAGAUGGAGGUGCAGGGCAAAGAGGGUCAGGAGCCGUCACCUCCCACACCAGUCAAGGAGAAGGACGAGGUGGAGUGGGCAGAGGGAGAGGCGGGUCCUCUCAAGCCCUCCAGCCCCAAACUCCUGGACUUCUCUGUGCUCAAAGAUGGUGCAUUUAUCUGGUACUCCCUCUUUGGCCUGUUUGCCACUCUGGGCUUCUUCGCCCCACAGCUCUACAUCAUUGAACUGAGCAAGAGCCGCGGCGUGGAGCCCAGCAUGGCCUCCUACAUGCUCUCUGUGAUGGCAGUGGCCGAGAUAUUCGGCCGCUUGUCCAUUGGGGUGGUGUUGAACAAAGUCAGCUGCAGGAAGACCCUGGUGUUAUUGGGGUGUGUGGUUCUGUUGUGCCUGGUUCUGGUGGCCUUCACUAUUGUGUGGGAGUUCUGGGGCUUGGUGGUCUGCUGCGCCCUCUAUGGCUACUUCAUGGGCACCGUGGGCUCCAUGCACAUCCCCAUGCUGGCGGAGGAGGAAGUGGUGGGCAUCAAGAAGAUGCCGUCAUCUGUAGGAGUGUAUGUUUUCAUCCAGAGCUUCGCUGGGCUGGCCGGACCGCCGCUAGGAGGUCUGUUGGUGGAUGUCACACAGAACUACGGCGCUGCCUUCUACUCCUGUGCGGUGGGCAUGGGGCUCAGUGCCAUCUGCUUGGCUCUGGUUGGCCCGGCCAAAUCCGGCAUGUGCCAAUCACAGGGCAGAAACAAAAGCAAGAGCACAGAGGAGGAGGAGGAGAAAUUGUCACUGGACAACAACCAGGCUGACUUUUUGGACAUUGACCUGGCCCCUGAGGACAGUCCUGUGAGAACGGCUGUGGAUCAGGACAAAGCCUCAGUAAUAUGAACCAAACAGCAUGACAUCACCUCAUAAGUAAGGACAAGAAUGUCAACAGGCUAAUACAGAUACACUUGGAGAGGCUGCAGUGUUGGUAACACUACAGACUUCCCAGCUGCUCUUGGUUCCAAAUCUCAGGUGUACAUGUUUUCACUGUCUGACAAGCUUGAAGUUCGCUCCUUCACAGAGAGGGGGCAGUCUCUCCCCCUGAGACCAAAGACAGCCGUGUGGAGCGCAGGGUGUCACACCUCAGCUUUCUAACAACCACACAUACGUUUCUGUUCCAGCAAAACCUUGAUUAUGAAAAGCUUUUUCUACAUUCCUCUUUGUAUUAUUAGUUUGGGCUCAUCUCAGGACAGAAGUAUUGUUGUCAUGGUAACUGAGGCAUCAUGAGCAUGACGGAUACCUCAUUUACACCUGGUAAUAAUAUGUGUUUCUUAUCUCGAUUGUAUCUAGAUAUGAGUUCAACCUGGUGACAUUUACACGUGGUAUGAAUGUGUCUCCAGGUCACGUCCUCCCCUCACUGCACAGGUCCACAAAAACAACAACAAUAGACAGAAGAAGCUAACCAAUCUGCGAUCGGCCUCGUCUUCACUGCAUCCACACUGUUCUACGUUGAUUCCUCAUAUUUCAGUUCUGCAUCUUGACUUGAUUCCUGCUGAACACACACACUGUGUUUCUCCACACGACAGUCACUCCUUCAGCAAAAGGCGGAGAGUGAAACACACAAGUCUUGCGUCAUGCAACCUGUACAUACAGUCUGUCUCCUCUGUCUGUCUUAUGUCCAUGUGUUGAUAUUUCACAUUUUGGCGACAAUAGCAGUAGCUGCAGCAGCGUGGACUGAUGGUUGAGGAUGAAUUCAGGAGCUCCAGUUUGCUCUCUUCGUUCUGUGAUUCUAUGACGUUGGACUUUUUAUUCAGCUCGAUCAUUCUGUGCUGCUCUGGGUAAAUGCAUUGCCUGUAUAUUUACACUGUUACCACCAUCUUGUUGAUGUACUGUAGAAUAACUGCUGUAGUGUAACGGCACACAGAUUAAAAAGCAGUGACGAUACGCGAGUAGAACUUUGGGGGUUUACAGUGAUAUUUUUCCCAAUGCCAUUUCAUAUAUUUCACAAUAUAUGCACAUGUCAAAGUGUAGAUGUAGAGUUGGUUAUUUUUCAGUUUUUGAAUGCAAAGGUGUGAUGGAGAGAUUUGACAGGAGCGAGUCCCUCCACAUCCACCUCAACACUUGAAGAUGAGCUCACAAACCUUUCCCUAAUCACAGUGUCACCUUUAUUUAAACUCUUUAUAAUUAUGAUUUGAUGUUCUGUUUUUAUGAAUGUGACUUUUUUCAUUUGCUUUUAGAUAAACAAGUGCUGGGCAGGUUCCUGCCGGUUAAAAUGCUGUACUGCAUUCAUGAUGGAUUUUUAAAAUA